GCACCGAAAACAACAACAGCAAGAAAGCACAUCCACUGUCGCAGCUCUCUCACACACACACAAAUUGUCAUGUUGACACUCUUGUGGAUUCGGACUGCAAUUGCAUAGCGCUGUUCAGGCCCGAUGUAAGCCGUGAAGCGGAACUUAGACAUAAGGAAUAGACGACCAGAAGUGAAUCGAACUUGGACUACGAAUUCGGAUAACAGAUAUACAUCGAUAGAGCUUGUAUAUAUAUAUAUAUAGAUCUAUAUAUAUAUAUUCGCUGAUAAAAGCAUCAAAAUGCCACGAUUCCGCAACGAGGAGGUGGAGCGGCAGUACAAGGAUGGGGACAUCGUUUGGGUAAAGAUUCACAACUCGGAGAUUUGGUGGCCCGGCGAGGUGACCUCGUCGCAAGACUUUCGCUUUGUGAAUAGCACGCGGCGACCCUACGCCGUCGUCGAAUUCUUCAACGAACGAACAUUCGAGCAGGUGAACACGUCCAAGCUGAUCUAUCCAUUUCAGUGCGAGCACAAAAAGGACUUCAUCAAGCUGGGCACCAGAAAAUCCGUGACAGCCGAUAUGAGGGAGAAGUUCAACGAGGACGUGAGACACGCCGAAAGUCGCUUGGCCGCCGAACGGAGUUCGGAGAGCGCGGAGCCAGCGGUGAGCCGUGAGAGCUUGAUUAAGGCAUUGCUAUCGAGCACCGUCACCACCGCCACUGUGGGCACCAAUACCACCGUCUCUAUCGGCGCCGGCGCCGGCACCAGCAACAACAACAACAACAAUAACAUUCACGCCCACAACAACAACAACAACAACAAUAUUAUGGAUAACAGCUACAACAUCUACGGCAACUUUAACGACCAUGAUUCAUCGAUUCGUAUCAUGGACAUUGGCGCGCCGGCUUCAGCUUAUGCUCGCCCCGAGGGACGCAACGACCAGCGCUACGAGUGCAACCUGUGCGACUUUCAUACGAGCAGCAUGAACGUUCUGCUCAUCCAUAGACGCACUCACGUGGAGCCCAGUCGCUCGAGCACCGGCAACAACCAGCGGCCCCUGCUGCCGGGCAAGCCAGGCGGUGGCGGUGGCGGUGUCGCUGGCGGUGGGUGUGGCGGCAAUUGCAUGGCCAACAAGUCGCGUGCGUCACGCAGGGCCAACACAUCGAUCUCCCGUGACUUGGCGUCCUACUCGUCGCUGUGGCGCUGCCAGUCGCGACACGUCUCCAUUGUGGUGGAUGCUCCGCUCAACGAUGAGGAGCAGCGACAGGUGGCGAACAUUGCCCAGCUGACGCUGGCGAGCAUUGAGCGUGUGGUCAAGUCGCCCAUACCCUGCGAGUCGUCGUCGAAUGAGCGCCCCCUUGCGGCGGUGCGCCGCAACACGCAGGUCAGCUCGCGGGAUCCGAGACGCAAGCGUUGCCAUCAGCUGCGUGCCACGAUGCCAGCGCCGCCGCCCCUGGCGUUGCCAUCGCCCGCCACGCCGGCGAAGCAGAGAAGACUAACGCGUUCCUGCACCAGGCAGCAGGAGACCAGGGACAGUGCCAGUGCAGAGCGCGAGCGGGCCAGGAUCGAGCGAGCUGAGCGAUUGGGCAGGAGACGGGGACUCAGUGCUGCCAGAGCGACAUACGAUGGCGACAAUGCCGACGAAGGGGAUGCGAACAGAGGCAGAGGACGAGCACGGACAGUCCUAGCCAAAACGCCAACUUCACAAAGAUCCGCCUCCUCCUCGGUUACCUUUGCGCUGCCCCGCCAACGUCCGCAGCAGUCUAAUGAGAGGAGCUGCACAAUCACCAGCGCCGCCAUGAUGUCCACGUCCACAUCACCAACACCGUCGCCCUUCUCACUGGCGUUGCCCAGUCGUGCGACCCAGACAGUGAAUCCCAGUGCGGCGACGGUGCACACAUCGGGAACUCCGGCCGUGUCGAAAGAGGAGCAGCAGCAACGGCAGCGCAGCAACAGUCCAAAUCAGAUUGUGAAUGAUUCACGGGAGCUGCAUCUCAGAUUGCUGGCAGAAUGGGGAGAUUACGAGCAGGAGGAGCCAGAACUGGAACAGGAGCAGCGAAUCGAGCAGGCACAGCAGCAGCAGCUGCCACAAGGCUCGCAGCAGCAGCAGCAGCAACAGCAGCCAGACGACGAAGCUGACGCCGACGCUGUCGCCGACGUCGUCGUCGACGCUGAUGCUGAUGCCGAAGCAAGUCCAGCCACAAAUGAUGCACUAUGUAAUGAUGUAUCCAUGAAUGCCGUGGCCUCCUGCUCAUCGAGCUCGUCCUCAUCCAAGCGCAUACGCAACAUACCAAAGAAGGAUCGCCGGGAUGUGGUGCUGCAGGAGUUCGACUCUAGCGCCGAGAGCAACUGUGUCCAGGAUGAGCCGAUCCUAAUUCACGAUAGCGAUGCUAGCUCCAAUGAGAGCGUUGUCUUCAUCGAUGCUGCCGAGCCGCAGCGCUCGAUGAGGGCAUCAGUGCUGAAUCCGAAUCCGUAUCCGAGUGCCGUCUCCUGCUUCGAUUUCGACGAAGAGGACGAGCACCUCGAGCCGGCUGCCAUGCAGCCGAAUGCACCCAUCGCUGAGAGGAAUGGAAAUGGUCUAAGCUAUAGACGGCGCACCAAGCCCUCGGCUCCAGCUCCUGCCCAGACGGCAACAGCUGCUGCCACGGCUCCUUCCCUGUCCAAUGGCGGCGAGGAGCCGCGAUCUAGAAAGCAAUCUCUUGCCAAGUCCCACGAGGAUGUCUUCAAGGCAUUCAAUGAACACCAGUCCCAACAGCAGGAGCUGGAGCACGAGCAAGACUUGGAGACCGGAGCAGGCAGUGUGGAUGCGGAGGCGGAGCAGUCAAAUCUGCCCAUCAAGGAGCGGCAGAAGCGCAUUUUCAAGUCGCGCAACAAGCAGCGCGAAGAGCAGGAGCAACAAAAGAAGCAACAGCAGGAGCAGGAGCAAGAGCGGGAGGAAGAUGAGGACGAUGCAGGCCAGCAAGAGGUGGCUCUGUCGCUGGAACACGACGAAGAGGAUGAGGAGCAGCAGGUAGUGACGUCGCCGCUACCCACACUAUCCAAUGGCUCCAGCUCUGAUCUGAAGACUGACAAGCGACGCCAAAGCAAUCCAAGCCAAUGCGCUGCCAAAGCCAAGUCGCCAUCCCCCAUCAUGUCCAGCUACAGCCUGGCUCAAACUCCGCCCACACCGACACCCACAGCCGAGGAGCUGAGUAACUCGUCGCCAGUGCAAGCGCAGGAGACGCAACUGCAAUUCCAGCCGCAGUUGCCGUUCGCUAGCCAAAUGCAGUUCCCCAUUCAGACGCAGUUCAGCGGCUUAGCAUCGCCAGCAUUGAGCCAUAUCCACCUGCACAUGAACUCCAACAGCAACAGCUCCUCGCACUUGACGAGCAACAGCAACAGCAACAGCAACAGCAGCUCCAUUCUCUCCAAUAUGGCCGUCAUCUCGGCCGAGGAGGCGCGCGAACUGCAGCGCUCGGCUCCAGCCCUGGCGGAGGAGUCGACCACGGCCACAGAGUCGAGUGGUGUGCUCAUCCUGGAGGACAUAUUGCUGCCCAAUCUCUACGAGAUACGACCCAAUUCACAGAACAGCAAUAUGAGCUGUGCACGGGUUCGCAGUCUGGCGAGCAGAGCCAGCCGAGCGAGCAAAGCCAGCAAAAUCAGCAAGAGUAAGCGGGGUAGCCAUGGAAGCAGCAGUAGCAGCAGCGGCAGCGGCAAUGGCAGCGGCACCAGCAGUAGUAAGCAGCAUCACGGCAAACAGAAGCCGCAGAAGGUGGAGCAGCAGCCGCCGGCGAAGCACUCAAAAGACAAGACAAGCGCAAAGCAAGCGAAGAAGGCAAAGCACUCGAAGAAAGAAGAGAAGAAGCACACACAGCAACAGCCGUUGCCCUCCACAUCGGCGGCAGCACAACGCGCGAAUGCCACGCGAGCUGAAUCACCAACAUCGCCGAAUCGCUGGUCACCAACGCCGCCGCCUGUCGGUCGGCGCUUCGAAGUGCAGCUGAAGGAGCGCGAGCGGGAGAUGCUGCUCAAGUACGAGGCGGACAUAACUAGCGGACGCAGGGCAGAGAUCAAUCGCAUUGCACGGGAGCGCUGGGCUCGCGCCCGCUGUCAGCACAGGCCGGACGCCGAGGAGAAGUUGCUGCUCAUGCGGCUGAAGGAGCAGCGCAACUUCCGGCUCAAUCGCCGAGCGGCUAGCGAGCACCCAAUGGCCAUGCGCAGAGAGAACCUAAGCCGGCCGCGGAAGAGUCCAUCCUGUCAGGUUUUGAGCACGCUGACUGAGCAGGAUCUGCAGCUUGCCAGGCGGCAGCUGCUGCGGCUGCGCGAUGCUCAGGCUAGAAGAAAGCGACGAGGUAGCGGCUCUCAAGCUGCAGUGGAAGCCAGAAAAAGAAAGCAAGAACUGGAGGCCGAGAAGGAGAAGGAAAAGGAGGAGAAAGAGAAAGCAAAAGAGAAGCGGAAUGAGGAGCAGGAUCAAUUGGAGCUGGACCUUGAACUGGAAUUGGAACUGGAUCCGGUAUCAGAUGAAGCGCAAGAAGAGCAAGAAGAGGAAACGGUAGCAGAACAACAACUGGAGGAGCAGCUGCACGGACAGGAGCAACUGCAUCUAGAGGAAGAGCACGAGCAACUGCAUCUAGAGGAAGAGCAGGAGCAGCUGCAUCUAGAGGAAGAGCAGGAGCAGCUGCAUCUAGAGGAAGAGCAGGAGCAGCUUCAUCUAGAGGAAGAGCAAGAGCAGUUGCACCCAGAGGAACAGGAGCAGCUGCUGCUAGGACAGCAACCGCAAGCACAGCAGAGACAACAGUCACAGAGAAUCGAUGAUCCACUGGACGAUCAGCCGUCAUCGUCACGAGCAGUAAACCGUCCGCCUUCAGGGGACAACAAUUCCGAUCCAGAUGAGUCGAAGGAAACCUCCCAAGAGAUUGGAGCAGAUUCACGGAUUUGUGCUGUGAUGACUCGGCCCAUUCCUGGCUACAACAACACCUUCAUGCUCUGCUCCCUGAGCAACAACAACAAUUUUACUCCUUUGAACAACGAGGCACUAUAUUUGGAUAACGAGAAUCAUUUGGUGCCGGUGCCUUUGGAGGCACUAACCGAGACGCCACAGCUACCCGAAGGUAAUCCGCUGUCUGCGGUCUUUCUGCUGGAUGGUGAGGCCAUAGCGCAGGUGGUGCAGGGUGAGCAGGGUGAGAAUGCUGAUGGCGAGGAAGGACAAGUGGAAGAUGGAGAAGCUGUGGAAGAAGGGGUUGUGAUGCCAGGUGGCAUACUGGGCAUGAUGUCGCCUUCGAAUCAAUUAGCCGAAGGCCACGACGACGAAGAGGAGGAGCCGGAACCAUCUGAUGGCCUGGUGGCAACUGAUGAAGCCGAGAAUCCAUCGCCCUCCGAGGAAAUCUAUCAGCUUCAGUCGAAUGUGCUCCAGCUGAAUGUCGGCGGCCACCAGCUGGAGAUAUCAACCGAGGUGCUGAUGAAUAUAGCCGAGCAACAGGAUGACAUCAUCAUUGAGAUUGACGGCGGCGGGCAGGCUCUGUUGCCUGCCGCCGAAAUAUUGCAGGCGGCCAAGAACUAUUUGCACGAGCGAGACUUACAGCUGGUCAAUCUGGAGGACUUGGCCUUGCACCAGUGCAACCACGGAGCUGGCUCCGUACCACUGAUAGUUCCCGAUUUGCUGUCUGCCGCGCUGGCCGGCAACAGCGUGGGCAUUCUACACAUUGAGACUCAAUCGGCGGCUGCUGGCACAGGACCAGUACCAACACUAGCAACAUCAGGAGGUGCAGCUGGAACUGGCGCUGAGGAGGAUGUGAUUGGCUUUAUGGCACACACGUUGCCAGUGAGUGGCUCCCAUUUGACGCCGCCGAUCACAGCCCGCACGAACGAGACAAAUGCGCUGCUGGAUCAGACGCCCAUCAUGUCCGCGCUGGAGCAGCCAAGCACCAGCGCCUCUGCCGCCCUUCAACUGCGCGCCGGCAGCAGCAGCUCAUCGGCCUCGCCGUUGUCCAUUGAUGCCAUUGGUGGCAAUCUGGACGAUAGCCUGGCCGUGAUUGGUGUGACCAAUGGCAGCGGCAGCGGCGUGCCCACAUCCUUGGAGCUGCCCAUUACCGUCACCAAUCCGGCGAUUGCGCCCCGUUGCACAACAGCGGAUAUGACGAAAUUUGUGCCGUUCCAGUAGCUGUUGCAGUUGGAUGGAUUCGCCGAUGGCUGGGAUAGCCUGGACUCGGA